AUGAGGAUAUGUCGUGGCGGUCGCCAGAACCACUGGAUAACCAUGGCCGUGUUUGGGGUGCCCAACGAGGGAAGAAUACCGCCUGAAGACUCCAAAAGGUCUAACCCGGGGAGGCCGGAAGCGGGAGCGGCGGGGCCUCCUCGACCUCAGGUCUUCCGGGAACCGUUAUUGGAAGCUACGACGCAGACCUGGUCAGUCCCACGGGAGCAAGCUUCAUGGGAGCAAGCCCCAGUAGUGCAACCUUUGAGCCGAGCCUGGCUAGCUGCAGUCCAACCCCCGCAAGAACCUUGGAAUCCGGCUUGUUUUCCUAUGACGCAAGCCACACGACAGUCUGACUCACCACAGCUUGUGGGUCCUACAAUGCAAAUGUCCGAACAACCGGGAACUAGCGGACAAGCCUGGUUCCGUGUGGCGCAGGACCAAAUCGUGGAUCAAGUCGUGGGUCCUUUGAAACGAGUCAGCUUUCCUUCGAUUCCAGCCCUAUUAAUAAGGCCUUUAAGCCGAGCUUGGUUCUCUCAGACGCGUGUCCCCUUCGAUCCAUUAAUGAAGCCUUUGACGGAAACAGUGCCGGAUCCCCAGUUGGAAGUCUCGAGAAAACCACUGGUGGAUCCUCCGAAAAAAGCACCGGGUGGACCGGUGGUGGAGGCCCCGCAGGAACAAAUGAUCGAAAACCCACAGGAACCGGUGACAAAAGCUUAUCCGGAGCCUUUGGUAGGGCCGUGGUUGGGAUCUGACUUAGUAGGGCGCGUUCUGGAAGAGUGUUUGGCCACGGAACAAAAUCUCAAGCCGACCCUGUGUGCGGGUCAGGAAACGGAUAUCGUGAGAUUGGCAACGGCGUCUAUUUUGAGAGAGAUAAAGGAUCGAGGAUGUGAAGUUCCAAUUUCUGAUUUCGAAGCUUGCUCAUGGCGAUGGCUGAAUUUAGCACUACUAAUACAUGAGUGGGAAGUCAAGAAUGGCAGCGUCAGAAAAGUGGUUGCAGAGAUAGAGCGUCUUAUACCGAAGCCGGUUGGUUACUCUGAUACAUGGUUUCUAGCUGGAAUGCUACAUAGGUUCCUUUCGUCAGGAUGCUUAGCUCGUUGGUUGCCCAAUCAUCAUUCCUACGGCUGGAAUUGUAGGAAGUUAAUUUUUCGGGUCACCUUCCCAGAUGGUGUUGUUCGUUUGCCGGAGAGUGAGGAAUGUGUAAACCGUAUUUGUGCCAGCUCUAAGUUAGCGUGGUGGUUGUGUGAGGCACAACGAAAUAUUCAGAUUGACGAAGAAACAUGGAAGGUGUCGAAAUGGCCGACGAAGCUCUUUAAUGUUCAAACUCCUUUGGGCAAACGGGUAUUUGAAAAGGCGAUAGAGGCAAUGAGGCAAGUAAUCCCACCUCCGUCCGGUAUGAAAUUGUCGAAUUCAAUGUACCUAGCUUGCUUGCUCAAAUACGUCGAUAGAGUCUCACAAAAGCAGAGGAAGAUCAAGGGUUAUCCUAAAAUCACCAUUGAUCCUACAUCCGACCGGCCCUCUUCAUCUAUUCCACCACACUGCAAACCAUCGUGUUCGUCUCCGUUUUUGGUUGAAUGCGAUGACACAAUAAAUCCCGACAGGUCGGUAGCUGCGGAGAUGGGGAGCUUCAUGGCCAGUGUGCUUGAGGGUUGCAAGGAGAGGGAGAAAAUGGAGGUAGGAGAUCUGACGAGAACACAGAAGAAAAGCGUUGCGAGGUAUGCCAGAAGGAAAUACCGAGCUGUGUUGUCCCAGAAGAGCAAGUCGAUAAAGGACCCGAAUUUAAUAGCGAACGCAUUCAGAACGUGCGGAUGGCGAUGGUUAUGUCUGGUGGGACUAAUGAACGAGUACUUAGAUCCGGGAGAGCUUCACCAAUUAAUUGCUGACAGUGAAAAGAUUGUGCCGAGGCCGAAACAUGUGUCACCAUUAUGGUACCUGGCUUGUCGAAUGCAGAACUGUGUGAAGGGGUCAAGAAUUAUACCCGGUUUCGGCAAGUCGUUGGAUGCGCUACCUGCAUGGUGGGUACUCAACAUGAUAAUUUACCAGGAUCAUUUCCCACAAGAGUUUGGUGAGCUACCUAUGUCUGAGACAUCUACCCGCUUAAUUGUCUUCAGUUCCAGAGCUACACAUUGGCUUGCAUCAGGAAUCCGCCACUUCCGUCUUACCUCCGCUACAUGGUCGCCAACAUCAAAUCACGACAUUGUGGAUAUAUUCCACACCGUGCUAGGAGACCAAUGGUUCAACGAAAUGAUCAAUUUAAUCAAACCAAAAAUCUCUCAAAUUGCUCCUAAUGAGGGUCCACAACAAAUGCAAAGAUUAUCGCCUAAGUCGAUUAUGGAAACUGUUCUAAGAUACGCAAUGGUUAGUCGAAAGGCCAGCGAGGCAUUCUGCACAGCUUGGCAAUUCGAUGUACCCUCGAAGAAAUACGGACUGAUGAACUCGGAGGCGGAUGAAGAACCGACGGCGAAAAGACUAUGCAGCGGAUAA